AUGAUGAUGAUGGCUUGCGACUACGAGUUGAGUCGACAGCCGUUCUACUCUGCCGACGGCAUUCUGGUUGUCGACGUGAAGGAGGCGUCGUGUGGCGACGGGUCCGUCGUCGUGGCCUGGGCCCUCUUUGCGACAUUUCUCGUCUUGUUCAUUCUGUGGAACUCGCUGAGGCAGAACGUGUUGGCCUUCCUGGCAGACUUGUUCUUCCUGCUGGAAGUGGAGCCUUCGCGGUGCGUCCGACUGCCGGGCACGAAGCAGGAGAAGAUUCGGGAUCCGAGAGCAGGUGAGGGCAUCGUGUUGUUGGUCCUUCUUCUUCUUCUUCUUUGUCCUGUCUCUUUGCAAAGAGCAAUGGAAUAUCACAAGGAAGAAGGAAACACUGCGAGAUUAAUAAUUUUUUUCGGGGCGUUCCUCAACGACGACGACUACAAGAAGAUGAGGAAGAACGUCAACUUGGCCCAUGUCGUCAAAGGACGAGUCGCCGCCGCCGCCGCCGAGCAGCAUGCAGACGGCGCAAAAGAAGAACAAGUGGGCCUCGGUGACGGCGAGGAGGAACCAGUGGCCCUUGAACGGCACCUUGGGGAAGAAGGCGCAGAUGGCGUCCACAAUGAGCGGCACGAGCACGGCGGCAAUGAUGUAGGCGUUGCAGUUCAUGACGCCCAAGUAGAGGAUCCAGAGAAUGGGCACGACCGAGAAGAAGCAGCUGAGCUUUUGCAGCGUGUCCUCGACGUCUUCGCAGGGCAACAAGAAGUUGGACACGACAAACAAGACGGGGUUGAUGAGCAUCAGGGCCCUGUUGAUAUAUUUCAAAAAGAAAGAAAGAAAGAAAGAAAGAUUUUAUGA